GUCCAGAUCCGAUAGAUCAGCUGGCCGGCUUCGCUUGAAGAGGUGAAGAGUAUUGGACCUUUCUAGCUUCUUUGCAUUGCGCCUGUUUUUCAGUUACUCGAAACAAUGGCAACAAGCAGACGCUUCUACGUCGGUAGGUUGACGCAAUUUUGAUUUAUCUGAGUAUUUUUUCUUUAAAUACCUUGAAACGACUUCGUCGAAUCGAGCUUUUUCGCUGAUGAAGACUCAAAAUUCGUCACCUCUUUUUAGCUUAAAUUUCUGCCCAAAAUUGCUGUUUGAAUUGUUUUCCCAUACUUUCCCGUUGUUUUGCACUUUAUUCUUUAUCUGUUUUUGCUGCGUUUUCCUCGGCUUUGCUUUCAAAAUGCUUUCAUUUUGCCAUGGCCACAUUUCGAAAUCGAAGGGUGAGAAACAUUUUGUUGACGCGCGCACUCAUUCACUGAAAAUAGGCUUUCUUUACUCCUGAAAAGUCGUCGCGUUUUUAAAUGGGUGGUGUGGAAGGUUGGAUUUAAGUAAAAGUGAGGGUAGAUAAACAGAAAUAUAAAGAUGAAUCAGCAAGCUUCUUAGAUCGUAUUCGCGACGUGGUCAUGUCGUCCACGUGUUGGCGCGGGGCCAUUCAUCCGAAAUGUCUGGACAGAAUUUUUGAACAUUCUGCAGUUCUUGUGGGGAAUGGAAUACGUUUCCGAGGCGGCAAGGGUAUUUUGCAGAACGCCGUUUAGUGAUUAGGGUUAGAAAACUAAGUUCAGUUCGCCCUGCAGUGUAGUAUGGCUCCUUGAGCACUGCAUUCCAACCCUAAUGGUAUCAUUGAACAGGCCCGGUUUUGGAUAUGAGGUAUUUUGGUGUCACAAUACAGGUAGAAAGUAUCUUGUUUUCCUAGAUUUUUGGUAUUUAGACACAAGUUUUUGUACACUUUUAUAAAGUGUAUAUGAUCGAAAUAUGCUCAGAACUUCACCAUGAGCUGGCAAAGGAGGGAAUGGAAAAAACUUGCGACUGGCUGCAGUGCACCAAAAUGUCUACACUAUAUCUGGGUGUUGUUAUCUCUCAGUACCUGACAAAUAGUUUUUAGGUAUACAGUGUUCUGUUUCAAGGCAAUUUCAGGUAUUCAGUGUAAAAGAUUUUACAAUUUUUAGGUAUAUUGGUAUCUUAUCUUGGUAUAUAUCUUGGGUUUAUUUUUUUUCUACUACCUCCUUUGGCCAAGCCUGUUUGUAGGUACAAAAACACCCUUAUUCAUUCUAGGCAGAUAUGUGCCAGUGAACAGGGUAUGGUUUCCAGGGUCUUGAGUCAAUCUUAAACAAAGUACGUGUUCAGCUAUUUCGAGAAAGGUUGUCCGAAAAAUGUGCACACGACAAUCCCGAAAGGUAAUAGGGGAUAUGAUUAAUACACUGUUUCUGAUGACUGUACCUGUCAAACCUACUUUUGUUGCUUUCCUUUAGCACUCGCAAACACAUUUCCACAGUCUUUCUUACCAAUUCUUUCAAAUUUCUUUAAAGAACAGGGAACUUAAAACCACCCACAAUGCCUUUUGGGAUUGUCGCGUGCACUUUUUCCGACAACCUUUCUCGAAAUAGCUGUAUGUAGUACCAUUUCACUAUUUCAGGGUGUGGUUUUGGACCAGAAGCCUUUCAACGAGUGUGAAGGCUGCAGAUGAGCCGUGUUCAUUUGUGGCGUGAACAAUUUUUCCAAAAAAUUUACUUCUGUGAUAUAAGUUUAAAAAAUAUCCUAGUACAUUUGUAUUCUGUAUGCAAAAUGAAAUGAAUCAGGAUCAUGAAAUAAGAAAGGUCUCUUGUCUUAUUAAACAGGGUAGCAAAAUGAGCAAUGUUUGUCCUAAACAGGGUCUGAAGGUUUUGAAGGCUUUGGUGGGACACCUCUACUCAAAUUUCCCUCGAGUACCUUCCCCUCCCUAGCACUGCACCUACCAAUGCUUAUCUUAUGUAUUUUAUUUUUUUGGUGAGGGCUGGGGGUUAGGCAGCGAACAAGUUGUUUAAUGGGCAGUGCAAAUAAGGGGCAAAUUCUAAGCUCUUUCUUAAAAACACCAGUAAAUUUGUUUUAAUGACAUUCAGGAAAUUGUUUGAAGUAGCUGUAUUCUCAUUUGAUGUGUUAUUUAUUUGUACGAUCUAUGCAGGAAAUCUUCCCCCGAAGACUUCCAAAGAAGACUUGGCCCAUCACUUUGGUCUUGACACUACACCAUAUCUCCGCUCAUCAUCGUGGAUUGAAUUAGCAGUUGAACCACAAGGCUUUGCAUUUAUCAACGUUCCUGAACAUCUUUCCAGUAAGUUUCAUCUAUUCUUUUGAAGCACAUACAUUAAUAUUAAACAUGAUAAUAAUUAUUACCACUCACCAGUUAAAUGUGAGAAGACAAUUCCAGUUAUUGUGUAGUGUAGCUGGUAAUUUUGUGCAUGCAUCCUUCUAGGAGUUCUGGUCCAGUACAGGUAGCUCUUCAAAGACUGUCAUUCAUUUGAUUAUUGUUCCAUAUGAUUGUAUUCACCUUAUAAUUUUCUUUAUGAUAAUUGGCCCUUGUUGCCUUCCUUCAAGGAAAAAACUCUUUUAAAUUCUGCAAGUGCAAUCAUUAAGUUAUUUAGGGAUAACAAGCAUAAAUGUAUACGAAAAGGUGACUACUGCACAGGUUCAAAAUAUCAGUGACUGUCACUGUUUACAACAGUCCUUAUUCAGGACUACAUGUAUACUCAUCUAGACAAUAGUAUUCUUCCUACUUAUGAAAAGUAAUGUAGUCUUUUGUCUCCAUUUUGGAAUUAUGUGUACAUGUAUAUUCAUUUAUUGUUUCUUUUCUAGAUCACUUACUUCAACUAAAUGGAACUAAGCUUCAUGACAAAUUCAUCAAAGUUCAACCAGCAAGGAACUCUAGAGCUAGCUACAGUGGAAGAGUGUCCAUUCCAUCUAUGAUACCACCCUCCUAUCUUAUACCUCAGCUUGCUAGUUACAGCUACGACACAAGCAACUAUUAUUUCCCAAAGAAUUCAAAAAACAGGCGCCGCCCUCAGGGUCCCAACGAUGUUGUGAACAUUCCCGAGGACAGGGUUUUGCAGCUUAUUGAUGUGGGUGUAAAUCUGCCAAACAAAGUGUAAGUUGUUUUAUGCAAAUGUUUCAGUUGCGUUAUAUUAAGGAUGUCAUUUGAUGGUAUUAAUUAAACUCUGGUUAUCGAACUCAAGCAGAACUGACAGCAAUAGAAUGACUGGACAACCAACAAUUUGACUAACAACAAAAUUUAACAACUUUUUCAUGUUUUGUGUCAAAAGAGGGAGCAAAUGUAGCAAUCAGAAAGCCAAUAACUUCAUAAUUUAAUUGAUUAUUUAGGUCAAUAACCAGACUUAAAUACCAUCAACACUUACUGAUGUGGAACAAUAGCUUACUUUGACUCAGGACAACUACUGCGGAGGUUGUCAAAAUGUCAAUCACUGUCAAAAUAUUCCACCCACUUAUAAAAACAAUUUGUGCUCUGCAGUUUUUGAUCUUGUGGUUCAUGGUUACAAUAUCCAGCACUGAUGAAUUUUCCUGAAGUAACGAUUUGUGGUUUUCUAGUCAGACAGACAUAUACAGUGUAACCCUGCCUUACGGCCACCUAAGUAAUACAGUCACCUCAUUAUUACGGCCACUUUUUUUUGGCCGCCUGUCAAAAUGGCCUCAGUAAUACGUUUUCUUGUAAAAAAAAAAACCUUUGUUAACACGGUCACCCAUUAAUACAGCCAAUUUUUUUCACUUAUUGGUGACCCUAUUAACGGGGUGCCACUGUUUCAGUAAUAGUAUUUUUUUUUUGUCAUGUAUAGGGACAGAAAAUAGUGCCCAAAGGAUUAUGUGGGUCUUGGAAAAGUUUGAUCUGAUAUUUUGAACUAUUAAAAAAAGAAGGAUUUGUAAUGAAAACUCUCUUUACGUUUUCCCAUAAACGUGUGAUAUUUUUUUAUGACGUUUCCAAAAUUCCAUAGGACAGUUUUUGUGUGAUAUUUGCUUGUUAUAUAUGUUUCCAUUUGGCUGUUUUCAAGUCUUUGCUACAGUGUGCAAAGAAAGUAGUGUCCGAUAUCUUGGGGCUAGUGGAUUUUGCUAUCGGGCUAGUGAAUUCUGUUUUUAACUUGCCCGACGGGCAAGUGAUGUUUUUUAAGGAAUUUGAAUAACAGAAGAACUGUGAAACCACUUCUGUUACUCAAAACGUUUUGGGGCUAGUUGAAAUGACGUCUGGGCAAGUAAAUGACAGCUUCAGCUUUCGGAAUGGCUUGCAAGCUGUAAAAAUGAUUCUCUUUGUACCCUGUUGCUAUGUAAUAAUUUACUAGCAUUUUUAACGCUGUUUAAGCAUUCAUACUAAGAUGUUAUUUUGCUUCUUCUUCUUGUUACAUUUCUUAGCUUUGCAAGAGACAUUCGAAAUGUGAUAGAGCAAGCAGGAGUUGUUGGAAUCAAGCAAAUGAUUCUGACAGGGAACACCCUACAGAUGAGCCAGUCAGCUGUCCUUCAAGCCAAGGCAUAUCCUAGAGUGUUGUUUGCUUCAGUAGGGGUACAUCCACAUUUUACAGAGAAGGAAUGGAACAGUAAAACUGCAAAAGAGAUUGAAGAAUUAGCUAAGGAUCCCGUAGUUGUGGCCAUUGGUGAAGUUGGGUUGGAUUUUCACAAGAAUUAUUCAUCAGAGAAGGUCCAGAUUGAAGCAUUCACAAAACAGGUCUUGUCUUAAAUCAAUCAGUUAGUCGAUAUUGCAUGUAAUCAAUCAAUCCAGCAAUUAGUCACUCAGCCAAUAAAUUAAUUGUUAUAUAGGUGGAAAUUUCUUCCCAACAGUGUGCACUCUCAUUGGUUGCUUCAAGGACACAUGACAUCUAACAAUGACACUGUUUCCUGCCAAAAUCUCUGAGCAGGCAACAUUGCAUAAAAUCUAUGAUGUCAGAGGGUAACAAUGCACUGUAACCCGCAAAUGUUGACUGACUAAAUUGCCCUUGCAGUGUGGUUUAAUGAAUAUUUUCCAGCGGCAAAAUUUCCAAAGAUUGGUCACUCAGGAAACAGUAAAUUUUGUUUGCCAAGAAUCUCAACCAAGGUGAAGCCAAGGGAAACACUGAGAUUUGAGGGAAACAAACUUAACUGUUUCCUGGGGGAACUAAGUGUUUAUUACAUACCAAGCAAGGAAGGAAGCAAUCAGUUAGUCAAUCAAUCAAUCAGUGGUCAAUCAAUUUGUUCAUUUAUAAUCACAUUUUUUUAAUACAUUAGUUUGUCUGUUUUCAUCUAAUUCUUUUAAAAAUGUUUGGGGAUCAGUGUGGAGAAUUUGUGUGUAGAUGAUGCCCAGAGGACCCUUGCUAGUGUCCACAUGAUAGAGAUGUCUGCUAUAUACAGGCUCAUUUGCAAGAUCAAGCCAACCUCUGCCCGGCUAGCUAAAUUGGAUAAGCGCCAGUCUGCUGAGCAGGGGGUUGUGAGUUCAAACCUUGGCUAGACCAACACUCAGGGACUUAAAAUACCUGAGGAGAAUGUACCACCUUUGUUGUGGCAUCUACAAAUGGUUAGCCAUUCCAGUCUUCUCAGAUAAGGACGAAAAACUGUAGGCCCUGUCUGGCAGCUCUUUCACUGUUCUGAUUCUUGUGGGACUUGAAAGAACCCACACUGCUGAUCGUAAAGAGUAGAGGGCAUAGACCCCGGUGGUGUGGUACAGCCUUUCAUAGGCUGGGUGGGUAAUGAAGGGGAUGGUGUCAGGAUGCAUGUACUGUUUCAUCCCCUGUCACCGUGUUGAGUCACUGUGGCGAAUUCAAUACGAAAUGCAGCGUAUUGACUCCUGUGUUCUCGUAACCUACAGUCUGCAUAACACAGCCCUCGUGUCUCUAAUUUACAUUGUAACAUUGAAUGGCCUGCAUUUUUUUCUUGUCAGGUUGCCAUUGCCUGUGAAGUUCAGAAACCACUUUUGGCACAUGAGCGAGGUUCCCAUCAGAAGUUCAUUGAAGUUUUGAGCCAGUUUAGUGGCAGAUUACCUUCUAUUGUGAUCCACUGCUUUACUGGCAGUGUUUCUGAAAUGAGUGCUUAUGUUUCAAUGGGAUUCUAUAUUGGAAUCUGUGGUUUUAUUUGCAAAGGUGAGUGUUCAGUAUUCUUAGAAUUGUAGUUGAGAUCAGAAGUUUAAUGAAAUGUUGAGACCUUUCACUUCAUUAACUCGUUCAGUCAAGGAAAAUCUUUGAUACUGUCAAAGUCAGUGAAAAGCCAGGGAAUUAUAUUUUUGAUUCACAGUUCAUAGUGUUCUUUGAAGGCUGUGAAAUGCAUUUUUUUUUCUGAAAAGGACAAUAAGUACGCUGCAAUUAAAGCGAAUAAUUUCUGAUACUCUUUGCCUGACACGUGCAGGUGUAUCGGUUGGGGCUAGUGGUUUUCGUUGUGAAUUAUGUCUUCUUCCAAAUAAGAAACAGAAAUUGGAGGAGGCUUGGGUUUUGUUCCCGCCAUUUACAGCAAUGCUCGUUAUGUUUGACUAUAAAAAAAGUACCAAAUUUAGGCCCUGGUCACUGUCUGGAUACUAAGGGUUUUGCUUGCAUCUCUUUCUCAUGUCUGCACUUUCUAAUCAAAUUUGUUUUGCUGUCUUCAGAGGUCCCAGGCAAAGCUUUACGCGAUGCUCUCAAAGAAGGAGUGCUUCCACUCGACAGAAUUCUGCUUGAAAGCAAUGCUCCUUACAUGACGCCAAACGCCUCUGAUAAAGAGCUGGAUGAUGUUUGUAAGUCUCUUCUCAAAAGAUGCAAGCGAGGACGAAACGAGCCCUGCACUUUACCCAUCGUUGCGCACAUCGUGGCAAAAUGCCUUGGAGUUGAUGCAGAGGAGGUAGCCAGGGCCUCAGCUGAAAACACGAGGCGAGUUUUUGACUUAAUGGCGUCGCAAUCAGCGAGCCAAGAUAACAAGGAUCUGAAUAAGUAAUGCGUAG